AUCUUGGGCUUUCUGGGUAACACGCUCUCCAUUGUGGUGCUGCACCGGCGGCAGAUGAGAUCUUCAACCUCCUACUACCUGCUGUCUCUCGCCAUCUACGACAACGGCAUCCUCCUCGGCAUGAUUAUCUACUUCUGCCUCCCGGCACUGGCCCUGUACACCCCGUGCCUCAAAGACUACGGGUCCAUAUCCUCCCUGACCAUCCCCGUGGGGUACCCGCUGUCGCUCACCGCCCAGAUGGGGUCCAUAUACACCUGUGUGGGCUUCACCGUGGAGCGGUUCAUCGCUGUCUGUCGGCCUCUUCACGUGGCCAACACGUGCACAAGGUCGAGGACGCUGCGGGCGAUGGUUCUCAUCUUCCUGUGGUCGCUGGUCUACAAUAUACCGCGGUUCUUUCACUACCACGUCCAAGACGACACAGACACGUCGCCCACAACUCUGCCGCCGCCUUCUUUUGGCCAGGCAACUUUCAACAACUUCUCCCCGUCGAAUUUAACAGCCUGCCCUCAUCUCCCAGCCGGCGGUGCAGCAUGCGCGACCAGCACCAACUACCCGCCCGCCUUCAGAGACCCCGUCUCCGCCAUCGGCACCGUGACCGCACAGGUCGACCUUGGCCUUACUACUUUUGGAGCGAACGUGUCCCACCAGACGAACGCCACCGGAAUCGGUCCCGGGAGGCAGCGAUUCAGUUACAAGGAGACGGCGUUCGGCUCCGACCCCACCUUCAAGCACCUGUACCUCAUCUACUCGCAGCUGUUCUUCAUGUUCCUCCUCCCGUUCAUCAUCAUACUGGUGAUGAACGUGGGCCUGAUCCGCGCCGUCAAGAACUCAAAGUCCAUGCACCAGUCGAUGUGCGCCUCGGCGCGCAAGGAGCACAACCUGACCGUCAUGCUCAUCGCGGUCAUCGUCGUCUUUCUCGUCUGCCAGUUCCCCACGAUCAUCGACAACAUCCUCGUGGCGGUG